AUGAUCAUAACUAAAAUUUCAUAAGGACUACUUAGCAAGCCAUAGUAUGUUAGCAGCAAGCUAUAUGAAUUAUCAAGUUCUUCAUAUCCGUCAGAGUAAAAUGUUCUAAAAUAGAGCAUUAAAAAGGCAAAAGCACAAAUAAUCAGAUAUGCUACUAUUGAAACCUUUAUUCUCAGUACUAACACAAACUCUCUUGAAAUGAAAGCUAGGAAUACCAUCUAAACAACAAAAAUUGAAAGAAAGAUGAUGAAAAAGGGUAUCAUUUAUUUCUGCUAACUUAUCAUGCUAAGCCACAUUUCAGUGCUAUAUUCCUUGCACAUAUUUAGAUUUUACCCAACCAAAGUUAGAUUGAAUAGGAUGCUAAGACUUAUGUAAAGAAACAACAAAAUUAGUUAUGCUGAAACUAUGGUAGAAACUCUGUAUUUCGAAUAUUUGAGGAUAGUCGAAAAUGUAGUUGAAAAUGCUUGA